AUGCCACCCAAGGCGAAGGCGGCGAAGCCAGCCAAAAAACGCGAGACGAUCCCAUUGAUAUGCACUCUCUGCCCCAAACAUCCGACCUUUUCAGACACGUCACACUUGCUUACUCACAUUUCGUCCAAAUCGCAUCUGGCUGCUCGGUUCAAGCUUCAAAUCCGUUCUCAAUCAGAACAAGAAGCAAGGGAUACACUGGAUGACUUUGAUGCUUGGUAUCGGAACAAUAAUCUGGAUGUUCUGCUUUCUGAUCGACUUGCUGUCAAGGAGCAAAAGAAGGCAGCUAAGGAUAGGAAGAACGAUGAAAACAGGGGGUUGGUUCCGAUAAAGCGGGCCCCAGCGAAGAAGAAAGAACUUGCGAAAAAGGAGGAGGAAUUGGAAGACGAUAGCUCCGUUCUUCAGAAAACACCUGCUUAUCGUGCCCCAGUUCCCCGGAUGGCACUCUGGGAAACACAUCGAGAUGGUGAAAGAGUAGGAACACCGACGAGGGAAGGUUGGCAGUCUGCGUCUAUCUUUGAGACACCUACGGCCGCUAGUCGUGUUCUAGAUGACGAUAAAUCGGAAACAGUUGUCGACGAGGGCAGCAUGCUUGACCCCAGGCUCGUAACACCGUACAAGGACCCUGUUGAUGAAGCCGAUGAAGGCAAGUCCACCGAUAGUGCUACCAGGCUCAAAGGCAUUUUUUGGCCUGGAAUGGACCUUUUUGACUCUGCAACUCCAGGAAUGAAAAAGAAGAGAAACCAGAAGAAAGAAAGCCGCGUUAUGGACACGAUGAUGGCCUUCUCAGCCGAUGUUGAACCAAAUGAAGUCAGCUAUUUUGCCGAUGGAAAUUUCAGAGCAUCACGGGACAUGUUUGGGCCACUUUCUUCUGUCGAGACUAGCCCGGUUUCCCAGAAGGCACCGUCGCCCAAAAAGCGUAGAACACGAAAACCUGCUAUGGUUGAUUUGAGCGUCAACGCCCCCCGUCUUCGUGCCCCUAGACGGACAAAAACGACUUUAAUGCCAAGUCCGUCCAAGAAAGUACCUGCUGCAUCAGCCACCCUCAGUCACGAUCAUUUUAACGCAGCGAAUUUCCUUAAGCCUGGGCCCACGCUCAAUCCACUCUCUUCUGGCUUCGGAAAUGCUUUCAAGCCAACACCCGAAGAAGAGGCAGAGUUCAAAUUGACAAUUGGAAACAUGAAGACUAAGUUUCCAUUCUCCAUUUAUCAAGAUUGUUUGCCAGAGGAGAGUCCAGAUCGAAUACAGACCUCUCUCGGAGAUCAUAGAUUCGACUUUUCAUUAAACCAUGACGUGCAUCUUUCCCACCAUGGCCUGCCUGCAAACUUCCAUAACGAUCCACUACCAUCAAGCUUGACUUCGCCUACACCAAUACCCAGGAUGACGACCAGCGGGAUCCGGAUCUCUGGGAAAGAGAACGGCAAGCCUGAACCUUCGAACGGCCUUCAUACACAUCGAGCAGCGCCUUUGUCUACACACCUUUUUUCCAAUCAACUGUUCUACGGUGCUUCUUUCAAUCCGUUGUACAAUCACUCCUAUGCUUCACUAGGUUUAAGCAGUUAUGGUGAUCCUCAGUUCAACUUCAAAGAUACAUUGAAGUCUCCUGGAUUUUCAUCAAGUUUCAGUGGAGACUUCAGGCCAACCGCUAUUGUGACCCAGAAUAUGGAGGCUCACUCAAAGAUCACAGCUACAAGCGAAACUGAGGAUGCUCGACCGCAUUCCAAUUCCGACAAUGACAUGCAUUUUAACAUGUAA